UGGGGGGGGUUAACUUUUUGAAGAAGUGCUCAAGUAUUCUCGACUUGUUGAUAAGAAUCAGGCAAUCUUGUGGUUGGAACGUCCGUUUGGGCAGUUUCCUCUCUGUGGCAACAAAUUGCAAAUAUAUAACCUGAACACAUUAGCACAUUUAAAAAAAGAAAAAAAAAACUCAAAUAUUAAAAUGAGUGUACUACCCAUAACUUUAGAAUUACGGUAUUUCUUAUUUUAAGAUAAACAUACUCAAAACAGUUCCGUUUUUUUUGUUUUGUUUUGUUUUUAAAUACAACAGUAGCCAUAUUUAAGGGGGAAAAAGAUGCUUGAAUCAAGUAAAAUGCUCUGUCAGAAAAUUGCCAGACUGAACGCGCGUCUGAAAUAACGCAAGAAUGAAGAUGAAUUCCACAUUCAAGGUGCUAGCUAUGGUGCUCAUGGUGGCCAUAGUAUGUUUUUUUUUAAACGAUUCCAUAUCGGAUAAAUUUCUGCACGCAAGUCUAGCAGAGGACGACUCCUGGUUCACGCGGCGCUUCGACAAAUCCGUCGAACCGUUUUUAACUGGGAAACAGAACCUUUCGAUGGAAGCAUUUGACUGGUGGAAGCAAUUGCAGCCGUUGGAAGAACAGACCAUCGAAUACUACAGAGCGGUAGCGGAUAGCUUGUUGAAGACGUUUCCGGCCAUGUCGAAGGGAGCGGAGCGCUUCGGAACGUGCGCGGUGGUGGGCAAUUCUGCAAAUUUGAAAGAUUCUCAUUAUGGACGGCUGAUAGAUAUCCAUGACGUGGUGCUGAGGAUGAACAAAAGUCCCAUCAAAGGCUACGAAGACGACGUGGGCAGCAAAACAAGCCACCGCCUGAUGUAUCCCGAGAGUGCCACCGACUUGGACAACGUCACUCAUCUUGUCCUGUCCCCUUUCAAGAUCAUGGACAUGGUGUGGCUUCAAAAAGCCCUCACCACAGGUUUUCCGGGAAAUACGUAUGAACCGGUUCGGUCUACCAUUCAGGCCAACAAGAAUCUGGUGAUGGUGCUCAAUCCAGCCUUCAUUGCUUAUGUUCAUCGAAUGUGGCUGAGGAGGAGUGCCAGAUAUCCCUCCACGGGAUUCUUGGCCGUGAUUCUUGCCCUACACAUAUGCGAAGAGGUCCGCGUGUUUGGUUACGGUGCAGACAGUGAUGGAAACUGGAGUCACUACUGGGAAAAACUCCGCGAUCCAAAACUCGGAACUGGAUUGCACUACGGAAAAGAAGAGUAUGACGUGAUCCGAAAGCUGGCCGUACAACAAAAAAUCCAUUUUUUUAAAAUGUCUUCACCAAAAUUUUGAAAAUAUUCUACUUAUUUUGUAGUUGAUCUUAUAUUCUGGGUUCACAAACCCGGAAAUGAAAAAAAAAACAUGCAAUUCCUACGUGCUGCAUUUUUGCUCAGCACGGUUUUGGCUGCUAUUCGAGCUGCAAAAUGAUUUUGAGUGUUGCUGCUCAAUCAAUGCACAUUUUGAUACGCUAUUUAUUCAAAAUGUUGGAAAGUGGGUCUCGGUCCGGUUGUUUGGUCCGCACCAGGAUUCGUUUGUGUGUAUUUGCACCUGCAUAAAAAUAA